ACUAAUUAAAAUAACUGAGCCGUAAACACCAGUUGCUUAUGAAGGGUGGUCAGAUAGAUGUCACAUCGGAUGUUAGAGAGUGUUGAUUGAACCGUUGAACAUGUAAUUGGACCAUGCAAGUCGAAUUACGGUGGAUUCUACUUGUGUUUCUUGCGCAUUGUCAAUGCUUGGUUACUGCACAGUCAGGAACCCAAGAGACACUCACUGUUAUAACAAAGGAUGCAAACUACAUACCUAUUGACCAAGUAGAUCUUACUGGCAAGCUUGGACUUGUCUUCGAAGUAAAGGCAUGUACAUCGGCGUAUAUUGCGCUGUCGGCCAUUUUUGGUGUUACCAACUCUCGAAUGUACGAGAUCUUGAUAUCAGGAUGGUCAAACACAAAGUCUGUGAUUCGUACUUGCAAACAAGGAUGUACCCGAGCUGAAUCGCCGACUGAAGGUCUUCUGAAAUGCAAUGAAUUUGUGACAUUUUGGAUCGGAUGGACAAAUGGAAACAUUGCUCUUGGAAAAGGUCGUGAAUUAGGGAUCGAUCAGCUGGUAGAAUGGCAAGAUAGCAGUCCUGAAUACAUCACUUCGUUAGCUGUUAGCUCUGUGAAUGGAACUUGGAUAUUUACACCAGAGGAUAACUGCAGUUUACCAUUGACCAGGAGUAUAUUGAGCAACGGACAUGUCAGCUAUUCAUCUUCCUCGAGUGGUCUUCCUAGAUUUAACCAGAAUAGUGGAUGGCAUCACUAUGGUUCAAGUACACCGUGGCUUCAGGUUGAUCUGCUACAACCACAUAAAAUAACAAAGAUGGCGCUACAGGGGUAUGCUCCAGGGCAUUCCUAUUGGGUGAAAACAUUCCAAAUUCUUUACAGUGUAGAUGGAACCAAUUGGUUGUACUACAAUAAAAGGGAAAUUAUACAGGGGAACAGCAAUGGGCACAAUGUUGCCAUUGUGGAGAUAACUGAGAAUAUGGAAGCAAGAUACUUUCACAUCCUUCCCACAACGUGGAAUAGUCGCCCGGGAAUACGAAUGGAGCUCUAUGGCUGUCAAAAGACAGUAUCCGAAAAGAAAUACACGCCUAUCGAAGAAGAUAUUCAGGUCGAGGGAGUCCUAUUCUUACAUCUCAGUCCGUAUAUUGUGUCAAAAGUAAUUGCCAUUAGACCAGGAGGGACUCUUACCAUCCAACCAGGUGUCAAGAUAAUAUUUACAACAGCUGAAGCUGGUUUUGAAGUCCAUGGUAAUCUUCUAGCAAAAGGGAUUGAUAAUCUUCCUGUUGAGUUUACAGCAGAUGAUGCUGUCUCUGAAAUUUCAUCAUAUUGGUCCGGACUAAAUUUUGUAUCUGGUGAUUCCGUGCUCCAACACAUUUAUGUAGAGGGAGCUCGCGUGGGUAUCCAAGCAACAGGCAACUCUGUCACUUUGGAUCGCGUGACCAUCACAAAAUGCUCAGCUGGGAUCAAGUAUACCGAUGGAGGAUCAUUCGCCAACUCUACAAUGAUAUCUGAUUCCUACAUAGGAAAUAAUGGCGGACAUGGCAUUGAAUUCAAGGGUAGCGUCACUAAUCCGUUCCUGUCAAUAAAACGGACAGUUAUUACGGGCAGCCAAAGCUCUGGUAUAUAUUGCAGAG